AUGUCUUCUGUCAUGUCUAGACCUCGCCUUCUUCCGAGAUUCCUGUCAACCAAGUCCGCCUCGGCUUUUGUAGUUCUCGGCUUAGGAGCCUACUGCACUCGAUCGCUCAUACUACCAACCAGCCAUGCAGAGUCGAAUGAACCUCCAAAGGUUUUCUCUGGAUUUGGUCUGACGACACUCCGACUCCAAAGUGCAAAAGAUGUCAACCAUAACACGAAACGGCUGGUGUUCGAGUUUGCAGACCAGAACGCCCAAAGCGGAUUGGCGCUGACAUCGGCGCUCCUUACAAUCACACGCCCUGCCGGACGAUGGUUCCCCGUGUUACGUCCAUACACACCCAUCAGCGAUCUGGAUCAACAGGGCAAUAUCGAGCUGAUGGUUAAAAAAUAUCCAAACGGCAAAGCAAGCAGCCACCUCCACUCUCUCGUCCCAGGUGAUACCCUUACAUUCGCAGCAGCGAUCAAAGGCGAAUCCUGGACCCCGAACAAAUAUCCCCAGAUCUAUGCUAUAGCCGGUGGAGCGGGGAUAACCCCCAUCUACCAGCUAGUGCAGGGGAUUCUCAACAACCCAGAAGACAAGACGAAGAUCAAGCUUGUGUUUGGAGUCAAUACCGAACAGGAUUUGCUUCUCCGGGAGGAGUUGGAAGGGUUUAGGACGCGGUUCCCGGAUCGGUUUGAGUAUCUGUAUACGGUUAGCCAUCCUACGGGGCGGAUCUCCACUGGGGAUGGCAAUGGUGAGGUUCGGAAGGGGUAUGUUACCGAGGAGCUUCUGAGAGACGUUAUUACUACGGGUGGGGAUGUCAGGGUCUUUGUUUGUGGGCCUCCUGCGAUGGAGGAGGCUUUGGCUGGGUCGUGGGGAAAGGAGGGGAUUCUGGUGAGGCUUGGGUUGAGAAAGGAUCAGGUUUCUAGGUUUUAG